GACUUCGUAAUUAGGAUGCUCUUUGUUCUUUCUGAUUUAUCCCAGAACCUGAUGACAUUAACUUCCCAAAGGCACACCUGACAUCCCUUGAGGUCACGUACAAUCCGUCCAUGUCCGCUCGCGGUCCAGCCGGGCCGACAGUAACCAUGCUUUUAAAUAUCGCUGGCCAUGUUCUAUCCGGGCUUCGUCUUCCGCACUUCCGUGCCAACAUUCGCGUCGACGAUGUCGACGUUCACACUUGAACAGGUUGCUGAGCAUAAGACCACUGGCUCCUGCUGGGUCAUCAUCCGAAACAAAGUUUACGAUGUGACCGACUUCCUCUUUGAUCAUCCAGGAGGGGCGAACGUCAUCCUCAGAUAUGCAGGACAGGAUGCUACCGCAGCAUACGUACCUAUACAUCCAUCAGACGCUUUGGACAAGAACCUUGCUCCUGAAAAACACCUUGGCAGUUUAGACACCGAGUCGAUAAAUCUCCUAAAGGAAGCAGGGAAGAACAAGGUUCAAACCAGGGACGAGCUCCGUGUUGAAGAGGCGGUCAAGAACAAGCCACCGCUUGGAAGAAUCAUCAAUGUCGAGGACAUGGAAGAGGUUGCCAAGAAGGUCCUGCCGUACAGGGCCUUGGCUUACUAUUCUUCAGCCGGGGACGAUUCUAUCACGCACGUAGAGAACGGUCGCGCCUUUGGCCGCUUCUUCUUUCACCCUCAGGUUAUGAGGCCUGUAUCUGGAUGCGAUACCUCUACGACUAUACUUGGUUACAAGAGCUCGAUACCCGUGUACAUCAGCGGUGCAGCGCUAGCCCGACUAGGUCACCCAUUAGGAGAGGCCAACCUUACGCGCGGCGCCUAUAAGACCGGCAUCAUACAAAUGGUGUCUACCAACUCAUCUCUCUCUUACGCACAAAUUUCUGCUGCACGCGCUUCCCCAGAUCAGCCUCUUUUCUUCCAAUUAUAUAAACACCGCAAUGACGCAACUGCCGAGAAACGCAUAAGAGAGGUUGAAGCAUUAGGCUACAACGCAAUUUUCUUGACAGUCGAUGCUCUGGUUCCUGGUAACCGCGAGCUGGACAUCAGGGUACCGCAUUAUCUCGAGGACUUUGAGAAUCAAGGUCUUACCACUCGGAGAAAAACGGACGUGGAUGAAGGCGAGACUGACCGACUUGGUACUGCUGGCGGACUCGUCAUAAUGAACGAUGUUGACAUGACAUGGGAGAAGACGAUACCCUGGAUACGAAGCAUCACGAAGUUACCCAUAGUUAUCAAAGGCGUUCAAUGUGUUCAGGAUGCCGUUCUGGCUUGCGAAGCUGGUUGUGAAGGUAUUGUACUCUCGAACCACGGAGGUCGGCAAUUAGAGUACUCUCUGCCACCAAUCGAGUUGUUGUACAGGAUACAACAACAACGCCCUGACGUAUUUAAGAAGACCGAAGUAUACAUAGACGGAGCAAUCCGCCGUGGAACUGAUGUCCUUAAAGCACUGUGUUUGGGUGCAAGAGCUGUUGGUUUGGGACGUGCGUUCCUCUACGCCCAGAGUGCAUAUGGUGAGGCUGGUGUGGUUCACUUGGUACGCAUCCUUGAACGCGAAAUCCGCUUCGGCAUGGAGUCGCUCGGCGUCCGGAAGAUCAGUGAACUUGUACCGCAGAUGGUCGAGCGUGUCGACUGGCAGUCAGUUUCGCGUGCGAAGCUGUAAAUGACUGCCGUCCUAAUCUACAACAUCUUCUUGUGUUUAUGCUAACCGUGUCGGUACUUAUACCUCAUAUAUGGAAUCCUGCGUUUUGAAUCUCCACAUUUACUCCGACCUUAUACGCGUGGCACUGUCGAUAUACUAAACCAACCAACAGUUCUUCACUCUGCAAGGCAACUGAGAGGGAUGUUCUCAAGUGAAUUCAGUCAUCCAGAGCCGGUGGAUUGCCUUCUAGCACUGAUGGGAAAGAAUUUGGUUUACAAUUUCCACGCCUUAAAUCUAGGACUUACAAUUUGUUCCUGACUACUAUAGUCGCAGUGAGGUUUCCGUUUUCAAAUUUCGACCAAACAGGAAGGUCCGAAGGUGUAGUAGUGAAUAGUCAUGUGAC